GAGGUUUCCGUCCACGCGCACAUCAAAGUGUAUCUUUUUUUUUUUUUUAAAACUCCACAACACUCCACCUCCGCACGUACGUGUCUGAGAAACAUACUGACACUGUGAAUGUGGGGAACAGGCUACCUCUGACUUCCUCUUGAUGAUUAUCAUGAAGAGGAAGUGUAAGCCACCUAAAUUAGUCGAAAAGGCACGGACAUCAUAGCAGCACACUGCGCUAAGAACACCGUGUUGCCUUUGAAGCAGAGUCGGGAUGAGGUGUUCCCAGCACACCCUGUGGAGGGCCAGUUUGCUGCUCUGGGCUCUGCUCCUGCGAUGUGCAGAAGCCGCCGUGGACACUGAAAUACAAGCUGGGCCUCUCUAUCGUGUAGUAGGCACUCCGCUCUCUAUUUCCUGCCAUGUGAGUGGCUUUUCCAACAAAAAUGCUAAACAAGACUUUGAAUUCAAAAUGGAAAAGCCUGGACAUUCAAACUCUAUCAACAUCAUCAGUUCCAACAGCCCGCAUUUCAGCUAUACCAGUCAUAAAGACCGUGUGGACAGCAAUGAUAUUUAUCUGACAUAUGUAAAUCAGACUUCAGUCCUCUUUGAGAUAAGAAGUCUGCGCAAAGAUGAUGAAGGGGAGUAUACCUGUCAAGUAGUUAAUUCAGAAUAUGUUUAUAAUGGAAUCUACAGUGCUCAGACAACUCUUAAAGUGAUUAGCGACUCCCUAAGUGUUUCAUCAUCUGAAGCCACCACCUCACUGAGCUAUAAUGAAGGCGAAGAUCUCACUUUGGCUUGCCAAGCCUCCACCAACACCUUCCAGCACACACAUCUGUCUUUGGCCUGGUAUCUCCAUAAAGAUGGGGAGGACAACCCUCAACCCAUCAUUUCUCUGGACAAGGAUUUCACACUGAGCCCAGGACAGGGGUUUGAGCAGCGUUACAACGAAGGACUCAUUAGCUUAGAUAAAUUAGGAGGGGACACAUACAGGUUGAAGAUGGCUCAGCUUGAGCCGUCAGACCAGGGUAAGAUCUUCUGCCGUGCUCAGGAGUGGAUCCAAGACCCUGAUCGUUCCUGGUACUUGAUGCUUCAGAAGGAUGCAGAGAAGAUUACCCUAACAGUCAAAGCUAAAGAAGUGGUGCCAGACAUGUCAUCACUGGUGGUGAAAAUUUCCACACCACAGACUACCCUGCAAGAAGGCCAAGAGUUGUCACUGUCCUGCAGCAUAGACACACAGAACCAGGAAGGGAGGUUCUUCUCUUUAGCGUGGCUUCGGGGAAGCAAUGAGCUGGCCCGCAUUGGUCCUACCGGCAUUCUGUCAGUACGGCUGGAGUACAGAGGCAGAGAGAAAGAAGGGGAGCUCAGAGCCACACGGACUGGGACCAGAGAUUAUCGACUCAUGUUAAAGCCUGUCAAAACCAAGGACCAGGGAGAGUAUGUCUGUAGAGCGUGGCCUCAGGACAGAAGCCUUGAUGGGACCUUUUCACAGGGGGCAGCCCAGGACUCCAGCUCCCAGAUGAUCAUCAUCUCACCCGAAGAAAGUGGGCUCUCAGUCGAAAUGCAAGACACAGACAGAACUGUAACCGAAGGGGGCAGGUUGAGGCUUGCCUGUAAAGCAGCUGGUGUUAAAGGUCAGCUCUCUGUCACCUGGCAACACAAAUCUGCAUCCUCACCAACAGCUCUCAUCACCAGAGUUAUCAGUCUACAUCAGGAUGGUGUUACGGAGAAAGCGGAUGAAUACACGAGUCGUAAAGUAAUAGCGACACGUCCAGCGGCUGACAACUUCAUCUUGGAGCUUGAUGAGGUCACACCCUCUGAUUCAGGUGUCUACCAGUGCACUGUGACUGAGAGGAAAUCCAACAACUGGACUCACAGCCAGUCACAAAGUGCCACUGUGACUGUGAAUCCUAUUGGUUCACUGGUGGAAGUGUCUCUGAAAAGUCGCAACACCCAAGUGACCAUAGGAGAUACUGUUAAGUUGAUGUGCCAGGUCAAAGGACCACGUGUGCCAAUUACUCUGACGUGGAGUCUGGAACGCAAUGGCUCAACCGAGGAUAUUGUGACGCUGAACUCAGAUGGCGCUAUCAACUGGUCUGAGGGCCAACAACAAUACCAAAUAAGAGUAGAAAACCAAAAUAACAUGGUCGUUUACUACAUGCAAAUCAUCAGUGUCAGCCAGAAGGAGGAAGGAGUCUACGGGUGUAAGGCGUCAGCCUUCUUGUUGAAUGCACAUAAAGAGCUACACCCAUCCAACCUGCUAUCUGUGAGAGUCCAGAAACCAGAGAGCAAGCUUACUUUGUUGUCCAGCCCCAGCAUGACACAAAAUAUCAACACUGACAUACAAAUAAGGUGUUCAGUUGCCUCAAAUACCUCUGUAUCUUCUCUAUUUGAUGUGGCCUGGCUGCUGCAGCAGGGACCAGGAAGUAAGAUUAUUAUAAGCUCGGACCGGAAAGCUCUUGUCACCUUUGGGCCUGAGGUAGAGCUGAGCAGCAGCCAGCGAAUCAGCAUGAGGCGCACCGAUGGCCCUAGUUUUGAGUUGACUAUUCGGCAAGCUAGAAUAUCCGAUAAAGGCACCUAUGUAUGCCAGGUGGUGGAGUGGCUACAGGAUCCUCACGGAGAGUGGUAUUCACUUCCUAAAAAGUCUGUAACCACGAAGCUAGUUGUUACUGAGCCUGCUAAUGACCUUCUUUUAGAUAAGAACAAACAACAGCUGACUUGCCAAGAGGGAGAAGAAGUAGAGCUCCAGUGCAACAUAAUCUCAGAUGCUUCCGGUGCUUCCUUUUUCUACAAAGUCACCUGGCUAUACGCACCAGACAGUUCCUCCAACAAUCACACACUGGUUGAGCUGGAACACACUGGUCUGCUGAAAUACCCAGAAAAUCAAGUUAUCAGAAGCCUACAGGGACGGCUUCAUCUCUCCAGACCGACCCAGAACAACUUCCAACUCAGUAUCCAGGGGGCCCAUGAAGAGGAUGGUGGCAUCUACUGGUGCCAAGUGGAGCAAUACCAGCUGGAUAAUAAGGGUGUCUGGCAACAAAAGGCCUCAGAGAGUACUGAUUUCACCACGCUGGCUGUAAAUCUUGCAGAACCAAACCUCUUCCUUGAAAAGAAAGAGGUGCCGCUGAAUGUCAGCAAAACAGAUCAUUUUAGCAUCUCCUGCAUCAUCACCCGACAAUCAAGCAAUGAAUCCAAGUUCCAGGUCACAUGGUUUUGGCAUAAAGAUACACAAACGAAACAACAACCCAUAUUCACUGCUUACACAAAUUCUACAUUACAAACAAAGCUAAAGGACGGGGUUUUAAGUUUUGGACAUCCGCUGCCUGGCCAGUACAUCCUUACAGUGUUGAAGCCUGAAGACAGUGGCAUGUAUUUCUGUGAGGUAGAGGAGUGGCUCCCAUCGCUCACUCAUGGAUGGAGGAAGGUUGCAAUGGACAAGUCAGGAAACUUGGCUGUAACUGUUUUUUCAAAGGAAGAAUAUGGAGCCAUCUCAUCCGGCACCUGGAUAUCGAUAAUUGUGGUUAUUGUCAUCGUCUUACUUUUGGUUAUAUUGCUUCUGUUGGUGAAAAUAUGCAAAAGCAAGGACUUAGGAGGAAAGAAGUCAGGCCCAUCUCUCUGGACUGAACAGGUUCCUCUGAAGGGAUGAACCUCACAGACUCGAUCAUGAGGAAAGAAAAAACAAACUGUUUUUCUUGUUUUGCAAAAAAUGUUGCACAAUUUAAAAAUUCUUUACAUGUUUUUAUUUUUUUAGCUCUUUUUUAAAAUGUAUCUGUUUAUAAUGUUCCAUAAAAAUGCCCUAAAUGUUUUACUCUCUGUGCAGAUGGGAAUAGUUCAGCCUUUAUGAAUCAAUGAGAUUCAUUAUAACUUUUAAAUUAAACAAGCGCUUCUCAUUUUCAUGCUAAAGUUCCUUUUUCAUGAUUGUGACAUUUCACAGUGACGUGUUGAGAUUGGCAGAACUCAUGGCUUUACACCCACAAAGAAAUGUUCUUGCACUGACUUUCUGUUGGAGCCUCAUCUUCUGGCUGAUGCUAUGUCUUUGAAAAGGAGAAGGUAAAGCAUUUCUUGUCUGCUGUUGCAGCUUUGCACAGAAUGUGGUCAAAGUUAACCUUUUUCUGUAUUAGUAAUGCAGCUAUGAAUCAACCAGGAAGUGCUCUGUGGUUCUCUACAGGAUGACUGUGUGGUCUGCAAAUCUGAUGAGCUGUGCAUAUGUAAACAUUCUCACAAACAGAGACUUUGUCGUAGAAGGAUGCAGCCGUUUAUGUAAUUUUGCAUGAGACAUGGAAAAGGUGAUGCAUUUGUGGGCUUCAUUGCAUUAAAUAAAAUAAGAAUAUUUUUUCAUUGCAGUGAGUGAAUUCUUAUAAAAUUUUAAAUAAAACAAUAUGUGAAAUA